AUGCCUGAACCUAAGGAACAGGAAGACCAACAGCAGAUUAAUGGAGCCCUCACCGCAUCCCGCCAAGGAAAGGCUCGUGGGCAGACGCAGACACGGGAAAAGCCAUACAGCUGUGAUCAGUGUGGGACAAAGUUCAAAACACAAUCUCAGUUGCAGAGCCAUCUCCGAGCCUACGCUGGUGAGAAGCCAUAUUCCUGUGAGUUGUGUGGAGCAACAUUUAAUAAAAGCUAUCAUUUAAAGAGACAUAAGCGGAUCCACUCUGGUGAGAAACCAUACACCUGUGAACAGUGUGGACAGUCAUUCAGUAACAAAGGCAUUCUUCAAAGACACGAGCAGAGGCUCCAUAAGAAGGAAAAACCCUACACAUGUGAUAUGUGUGGGAAAUGUUUUGCUGUUAGCCAGACCCUGAAAAUACACCAAAGAAUCCAUUCUGAUGAGAAACCCUACAAAUGUGACACUUGUGGGAAAAGGUGUAGGGAAAAGGGGGAUUUGAGCCGUCAUCUACUGACCCACACAGAUCAGAGACUUUAUAGAUGCGAAGUCUGUGGGAAAGAAUUCAACCGCUUAGGUACACUUAAAAGGCACAGCCGAAUACACACAGGAGAAAAGCCGUUUACCUGUGAUGAUUGUGGGAAAACCUUUAGUAGAAAGUUUACCCUGGAUUGCCACAAACGGAUACACACCGGAGAGCGACCUUACUGGUGUGAAGUGUGUGGUAAACUCUUCCCUACUAUGACAGGGAUACGUUAUCAUCAACAAAUCUGUAAACCAGAAGGAAUCGCAUCUUCAACGAAAUAACAUCGCUAUGAGGG